AUGGAUGAUCGUGAUAGCGAUGCUGGUUGCAACAGUAUUGCUGGUUUUAGAAUCUCUUCAACAGCACAAAGAAGAGAAGAAGUAGAUGCACUGCUCAAUUGGAAAGCAACUCUCCAAAACCAGACUGAGUCUUAUUUAUCAUCAUGGACACUUUCUCCUAGUAAUACAAGCUCUAGCUCAAACCCAUGCAGCUGGAUAGGGAUCAGUUGCAACGUCGAGGGAAGUGUCACCAGCAUAAAUCUAACAAGUUUCGGCUUGAGAGGUACACUUGAUUACUUCAACUUCACAUCCUUCCCCAACCUAUCUAUUCUUGCUCUCGCUUAUAACUCACUUUUUGGAGAUAUACCUUCUCAAAUUGACAACCUUUCCCAACUCACCAUUCUCAAUCUGGCUUUCAAUCAAUUCACUGGAAAUAUUCCUCAAGAAGUAGGGAAGUUGAUGAAACUCAAUGUAUUAAGCUUCUCAAAUAACCUUCUCUUUGGUUCCAUUCCUUCUGCCAUUGGAAACUUGACAAAUCUUUCAUUACUAUACCUUGCCAACAACCAGCUAUCUGGCUCCAUCCCACCAGAGCUUGGAAAGUUGAAAUCUCUCACUGAGCUUCGCUUGAAUUUAAACAACUUGAGGGAUUCAAUUCCUGCGUCUUUGGGUGGUUUGGUUGGCCUAAAGGUUUUGUCACUCUAUGGAAACCAGUUGUCUGGUCCAUUACCUACGGAGAUCAAUAAUCUCACCAACUUGACACUAUUCUUUUUGUCAAACAACAGCAUAUCUGGAUUUUUACCAGAAAAUAUAUGUCAUGGUAACAUACUUGAAGAUUUUUGUGCAAGUAAUAACAGAUUUACAGGAACUGUUCCUAAAGGCUUGAAAAAUUGCACAAGCCUAACAAGACUCCGACUUGAUAGGAACAACCUCAUUGGGAAUAUAUCUGAAGACUACGGUAUAUACCCAGUGCUUGAUUACAUUGAUUUGAGCUACAACAAUUUUCAUGGUGAGAUUUCUCCAAACUGGGGAAAGUGUCAACUUCUAACAAGCUUAAAAAUCUCCAAUAAUCAAAUUAUUGGAGAGAUAACACCAGAGCUUGGAGAAGCUUCACGUUUGCAUGUGCUUGACCUUUCUUCAAAUAAACUUGUGGGAAAAAUUCCCAAGGAGUUGGGGAAGCUGAAAUCACUGUUCAACCUUACUUUGAGCAGUAACAAACUUUCUGGCACCAUUCCUUCAGAACUCGGAAGUUUACCCGAUUUGGCCUAUCUUAAUCUAGCAUCAAACAACCUAAGUGGUCCAAUACCUAAACAGCUAGGUGACUGCUCAAAAAUGUUGUACUUAAAUUUGAGCAACAACAAUUUUUUUGAAGGCAUUCCCAUUGAAAUUGGCAAUUUGUUGUCUCUGCAAGUUCUGUUAGAUCUUAGCAGGAAUGAACUCACUGGGGAAAUUCCAUGGCAACUUGGAAACCUGGUCAAAUUGGAAAUACUGGAUAUUUCUCACAAUGAGCUUAAUGGUUCCAUCCCUUCCUCCUUCAAUGGAAUGCAGAGCUUGACGUUGGUUGAUAUAUCCUACAACGAGUUGGAGGGUCCUAUUCCUAACAGCAAAGCCUAUCAAGAAGCACCAAGUGAAGCAUUUACACAUAAUAGAGGCUUGUGCGGGAACCAUACCGGGUUGAUGAGUUGUACCCCUCCUGUGAAAGAUGAGAAAAAGCGCAAUCAUGCAGCUUUUUUUAUCAUUAUCCUUGUGCCUACAGCUGCAUUCAUUUUGACCAUUAGUAUUGGUUUGCUUCAUAUAUUGAGAAGAGAAAGGAAAAAGGAAGAUGGCGAGCUGAGAGAUUCACGCAAGGAAAAUUUAUUUUCAGUUUGGAGCUAUGAUGGGAAAUUAGUGUAUGAAGAUAUUAAGGAAACAACGGAAGGUUUUAAUGCUAAGUACUGCAUUGGGGUAGGGGCAACUGGAAGUGUUUUUAAAGCAGAGCUGUCAACAGGUCAGGUUGUAGCCGUGAAGAAGCUACAUUAUGAAAUGUUGGAAGAUCAUAAGACUUUCGAGAGUGAGAUUCUGGCACUGACGAAGGUACGUCAUCGAAACAUUGUGAAGCUUCAUGGUUUCUGUGCACAUGCUCAAGAAUCAUUUUUGGUAUAUGAAUACUUGGAAAGAGGAAGCAUAGCUAAAAUCCUAACUAGUGAGCAAGCAAAGGAGUUGGAUUGGAUAAAAAGGAUCAAUAUUGUUAACGGGAUUGCUAAUGCUCUCUACUAUAUGCAUCAUAAUUGCACCCCACCAAUAAUUCAUCGAGACAUAUCGAGCAAUAAUAUAUUGUUGGAUUCAAAUUAUGAAGCUCAUGUUUCUGACUUUGGCACUGCUAGACUUGUGAAGCUUGAUUCAUCUAACUGGACAGGGCUUGCUGGAACAUAUGGAUACAUUGCUCCAGAGCUAGCUUACACAAUGAGGGUUACUGAGAAAUGUGACGUGUAUAGCUUUGGGAUAGUGACUCUAGAAAUAAUUAUGGGACAUCAUCCUGGUGAUCUGAUAUGCUCUCUUUCAACUUCUUCACCGUCAACAUCUUCACCAUCAACAUUGUCAUCUUUGCCAUCAAAUGCCUACAGUAUGCUGUUGAAGGAUGUGUUGGACAAGAGACUAGCAACUCCUGAUGCAGAAUUGGCUGAUGAAGUAGUCACAAUUGCUAGACUGGCAUUCUCAUGCAUUAGUGCUAAUCCACAAGUUAGGCCAACAAUGCAGCAUGUAUGUCAAGGGUUAUCAACUCAUAGGCAAUCUUUCUCUGAGUCAUUUGACAUGGUGACAUUGAGACAGCUGUUGAAUCUUGAGGUUUGAUAAGAGUAAAAGAGGCCAAU